GCGAGCGCGGGCGUGGAGCGGCGCAGUGACGGCGGAGGAGGCUACAAGUGAGCCCGACCCGAGGCGGGGAGGUGUCCGCGUUGGGGGUGCUUUGUGGUGUCUCGCCUCGGGUCACAGGCCUGGGCUGGCGGCGGAGAGCUGUGGAAGUGUAGUUGAAAUUUCUUGUCAAUGAGUUUAACAUUCUGUUCUUCUGCGUGAUGAAUUUUCUUUUGGAGAUUUGAACUGAAGUCUAUAUGGAGGAAAUGUUAUUUUUAAGGGAAAUGAAUAGAAAUAAUCCACUUUGAAGAAGCCAUGGCAAAAUCAAACACAAAACAUAGACUUUGUUCUCGGGAAUCUUCAGUAUCUUCGCUGCUGGCAAGCUGCAGCCUGAGUGGUAGUAAUUCCUCUAAUUCUGAUGGCUCUUUUCACUAUAAAGAUAAGCUCUACAGAUCUGCUUCUCAAGCUCUACAGGCUUAUAUUGAUGAUUUUGAUUUAAGCCAAAUGUAUCCUGGUAGAAGCACUGGAAAAAUUAACAUUGAUGAGGGUUUUACUAAUAUGCCACAGUUCUGCAACUACAGUUACAAACCAAACAAUGCUUUUGAAAACCUUGAUCGCAAAAAGCACUCAAACUUCAUAUCCUGUAAAAGACAGACUACUAAUGACAUAGACUCUAUGAGCCUAACAACUGAUGAUCUAUUAAGACUCCCAGCAGAUGGAUCAUUUUCUUUUAUUUAUGUUGAACCAAGUCACCGAACAAGGAAGAAAAACAAGAAAUGCCAUGGAAGACUGGGUUCAUUGGACACUGAAAAGAAUCCAAAUUUUCAAGGACCCUCCACUCCCGUGGACAGAGAUAACUUAGUUACUCCUGUCGUACACACAAAUAUAAAUGGAAAGCAAUGUAGUAGGCUGAAAAACCCAAAACUUAUCAAUAGGACUAAUAAUUGCAAGAAAUCGUCUUUCAAGGACAGUUCAGAACACAAUCUUGAAAAGAAUUAUCCAAGAUGGCUCACUAGCCAGAAAUCUGACCUUAAUGUUUCAGGGAUAACUAGUAUACCUGAUUUCAAAUACCCAGUCUGGCUCCACAAUCAAGAUUUGCUACCUGAUGCAAAUAGUCAAAAGGUUUAUAAAAUAUUUAAAGAUGAUCAGUGUCCCCCUAGACAUAGUCAUCAGGCACAAGGAACUUCUCAGCUUGUUAAUAAAUUAGAUUGUUUUGAAUAUUCUCUUGAACCCUCAAAGUUUUCAAAUUUCUUGAGUGAUGAUAAAGAAUUAGUUAAUGAAUACAAAUGUGAUUUUGAAUGUAGCCAGUGUCAAUGUGAGAAUCUCCUUCUCCCAGGACAAUCCACACAGCCGUUCAGUGGUGACAAAAUUGAAUUGCUUAUCUUGAAGGCCAAGAGAAAUCUAGAGCAGUGUACUAAAGAAUUACCAAAGUCUAUGAAAAAGGAUGACAGUCCUUGCUCAUUAGAUAAACUUGAAGCAGAAAGAUCAUGGGAAAAUAUUCCUGUUACUUUCAAAUCUCCUGUUCCUGUUAACUCUGAUGAUAGUCCUCAACAAACUUCAAGGGCAAAGAGUGCUAAAGGAGUUCUUGAAGACUUUCUAAAUAAUGAUAAUCAGAGUUGUACUCUUUCUGGAGGAAGACAUCAUGGUCCUGUUGAAGCCCUGAAACAAAUGUUAUUUAAUCUUCAAGCAGUACAAGAAAGUUUUAAUCAAAAUAAGACCACAGAGCCAAAAGAAGAGAUUAAACAAGUUUCAGAAGAUGAUUUCUCUAAAUUACAGUUGAAGGAAAGUAUGAUUCCUAUUACUAGGUCACUUCAGAAGGCUUUGCACCAUUUAUCUCGCCUGAGAGACCUGGUUGAUGAUGCCAAUGGAAAAGAGUCACCAAAAAUGUGAAGAGGAAAAUGAAACUGUCACCAAAAUAAAUAGUUACCACAGAACAAAUAUUUUUUUUCUAUUACAUAAACGGACAAAGUAAAUAUAAGCCAUAUAUUAUUUUGUAAUUGGUUCAAUGAUUAUAUGUUUCUAAAACACUGAACUUGAAAAUACACAUAGGUUUUGUGACCUAUUUUUAUUUUGUGCCAACAUAUUAGAAUGUGAACUCCAAAGACCCACAAUAUAUCCUAAAGUCUUACUUUCGUCUUCUGGUCAGCAAAUGUCUAAUAUUUAAAGAUGGAUGACUUCUGUUCUUGAAACCUGUGUGGAUUUAACCUUCUUCGGCAUCCUUAACAUUUUAUUCUCUGGUUCAGGAUCAUUAAGAAACUUACUGAUUUUUAUCCAAAAUCUCUUACGUUAACUAGACGUUUUUUUUUUUUUUUUUUUUGAUGUAGUUGGCUUCACUUUUAAACAGCUUAAAGGAAUAUCAAAAUUGUUACUGUGUAUCUCAUCUAUAUGGAAGUCUGUUGCUUUUAAGUUUUCAUAAAUUUUAUAUUUAAGAUACAUUGUAUUUGAAAAAUUACAUUAAUAGUGGAGUGAUAACAGUGUUAAAAGGAAUUUUAUGUUGUGACAUUCAAGAGAAUCUUCUCAUUUAAUUAGUACUUUGAUUCCAUAUAAAAAAUCUUAAUGUUUAACAGUUUCCAAAACCUUUUUGGGGGUAUGUUUAAGAAUUUAAUAUUUUGAUAUUAGGUUAUUUCCCAGAUUUUAAUUUUGGGAUUAGCUCAAACUAGUGAAAAUUAUGACUUAAUGACCAAUUGCUUUAUGAAAUUUGAUAGCUAAACUUAAAAUGAAUAUGGAAAAUCAGAAAGCACCUAUAUUUUAGAGCCAUUUUGUAAGAGUUGUGCUUUCUUUAACACAAUCUGUAGUCUUAAGUUUGUCUCUAGCUGGAACUGAACAAAGCUCUACAAUUUUGCAGUUUUUAUCAAGCACUUAUUAUUAAUCCUU